GAAAAAAUAGCUCCUGCUUGGUCACUUUCUCUCACUACAUCCGGUAUCUCUCUCUCCAAACCCCACCCAUUUCAACUCCUCCCGCUUCACAACCCUAAUUUUAUCAGCAGCUUCUUCAGAUCCUCCUCUCUCCAAUCCCAAGAUGUCAGGCGCUGCACUCGACAUGUCUCUCGACGAUCUUAUUAAGAACAACAAGAAGUCCGGCGCCACCCGCGGCGGUAGAGCCCGCGCCGCCGGCCCUGGCCCCGCGCGCCGCCCCAACAACCGUUUCGCCAAUCGCGUCACCCCCUAUUCCGCUCCCAAGGCUCCUGAGACGGCGUGGGGCCAUGACAUGUUCGCAGCUGGUGGCGGUCGAUCUUCCAGUAUAGAGACAGGGACGAAGUUGUAUAUUUCCAAUUUGGACUAUGGGGUAUCGAAUGAGGAUAUUAAGGAGCUGUUUUCGGAGGUUGGAGACCUGAAAAGAAAUGUUGUACACUAUGAUAGGAGUGGACGAUCGAAGGGUACUGCUGAAGUAGUCUUUUCAAGACGACAAGAUGCCAUGGCUGCUAUAAAGAGGUAUAAUAAUGUCCAGCUUGAUGGUAAACCAAUGAAACUAGAACUUGUUGGAACAAACAUUACUACUCCUGGCGCUGGUGCUGGUGCUGGAGCUUUUCCUUCUGCUGGUGCUUUUGGCGAUUCAAAUGUAGCUCCUCGAAGUGGACAAGGGAGAGGUGGUUUUGGAAGGCCACGGGGUGGAAGAGGAGGAGGUCGUGGAUUUGGAAGAGGUCGCGGACAAGGAAGUGGACAGGGAAGAGGGGGCCGCGGUGGUGAGAAGGUAUCUGCUGAAGAUCUUGAUGCUGAUCUAGAGAAGUACCAUGCAGAUGCAAUGCAGACAAACUAAUCCUUCCUUUGGCAUAAUUGCUGGAUUAACAUUCACCCUGCCUGUUUGGUACUUGAAGUUCAACGAAGUUUCUAUGUCGACCUAUAUUAGCACUUUUAAAGAAGGCAGAUAUCUAAAGUAGAGACAGUGAGGAAACUUGUUUUAUUCCAUUCACUGUAUCUUUUUACAUGGUUAAAGAGAUAAGUGUGUAAUUUACUUUCGCCGUUGCUGUUGUUCUCCGCUGUCUGCUUAUACUGUGGACCAGGACUAUUGGUCGAGUCUUCACUACGUUCCCAGUAGUUGUAUCAUGAAGGGUGUAUAUUCAUUUAUCUUUACACAUGUUGUGUUGAAGCUCCCA